AUGUCUAAAAUACACGAAUACUUUAAAAAGAAAUACACGAAAUGGGGCAUUAUCGACUUCUUGAAUGAGUGUGACAUAGAGUCAUUUGAUUCCAUGAUCGACGAUUAUGUAAAAUCACUCGAUGCUAUUGCUAAUAGUGGACAAGGCGAAAAUCAGGAGCGAGCAAAACAGCUUCUUAAUAGAUAUAGAAAGGCAAGCUCUUUGCUGAGCCACAAAACCAGUGUUGGGGCACAGGAUCCUCGACCUGAUUAUCAAUCUGCCAGGAAAUGGAAAAGUGACCGCAAUUCAACUAGUGCGCAUGAUGGAUCUUCAGUUAAUUUUCAUAAUUCAACAUUCACAGGGAAUCUGGUGCGAACUGGAAGUAUUAGCGGAAAUCUUAAUUUGUCCAAUAAAGCGCCAAAGAGGGAUAUAGAAUAUGAAAAGAAUCACGUUAUUAAGGAAGAAAGAGCUUUCAAAAAAAGUCGACCACAAUCUCCAGAAAAUGAGGACGAAUUAAAUUCCGGAAUAUCAUCUGUUUGUGAAGACGAAGAUGAAUAUUGCUCAGAUGUCAAUUCUGAUAAAGAAGAUACAGCCGAACUUGCAGAUAUCUCAUUUAAUUCUUUUGUCAAUUCAAAAACUGAUAACAAAAAUUAUAAUUGGAAAUUAAAAAAUAAUGAAAGCGUUAGAGGUCGGCUUAUAAAUAUGACAAAAGAAGCGAUUGAAGAGGCAAGAAAAACCAAAAAAGUAGACUCGAAACUAAUGAAUAUUAUAAGGUUGGGACUGUCAUCCAUCGUAGAUCUUUCGUCGGAAUUCAAAGGAAGCAUGCACUCCUGGUUCGGGGACAAUUGGAUGCCAUUAAAGAGAGAAGUAUUAUCAAAAAUUGACCUGAAAGUCGAAAAGUUUACUGGAGAAGUAUCAGAAUUGAUAACAAAAGUAGAAAAUCUAUGUGGUUCAUACGAUUAUUUGGGAGCACGAAAAAUUCUAUUAGAAAAAGUAAUAGAACGACCCGUUGAUAGUCAAAUAAGACAAGUUGCUAAAAUAUAUUUUAACAUUAUUGAUUUGUUUUUAGAAAAUCCCUAUAUCUUCAUUAAAAAAGAUGGCCGGCUCCAGAACCAUACCGAAAUCCAAUAUGUAAUGAUUUUAGCAGGCCCUAUUUUAGAUAUAAUAUUCUCAGAUCAACGAGAUUUUGUUAGAUUGAUAUGGGGAGAAACGGUUUCGAAAGUCACUAAUGAUUCGAGAAGAAAAAUUGACCUUUGUAUAAGAACCGAAGAUGGUACAAAAGAGUUGAGCCAUUCCGAGUGUGCACGGGAAGCUACAUUUGUAAAAAUUCUAAAAGAUAGAUGUAAAUCUCUAAGAACCAAUAAAUGUAUACUUGAUAAAUAUCUCGAGAACAAUAUUCCUGAUGAAGCCUUAGAAGAUACAGCAAUUUUUGGGUUACAGCUGGCAGCUUUGGAAGGUCAAUUAAUUGGAAUUGAUUUACUGGACGAAGGGCUUUAUUUUGGAUUUGAUGGACCGGCUUUUAAUUUUCCCGCACAGAUUUGUAAUAUUGAAGUCUUAAGACAAGCAUUGGAAGUUUUGUAUUAUUUUAAGAUUCAAUGGAUAAUAGGAGAAAGUUAUCAAAAAAGCAAAAUAUUUGCUUCAGAAUUCAUGCAAUAA